UCCAUUUCCUCCCCGGUGUGUGUGUUUGUGUGUGCGAGUACUACUUGUGUGUAGUUGUACACUGUUAUCCAGUCGGUCCCCUCUGACCUCUUUGGACCCGUUCGCUGGAAAUGGACGCGACCCCCAACUGUCCGUGAUAGUUUUGGUUCCCCGCGCACGGACCGACAAACCUACAACCCACCGCCCCGCGCACACACACACAAACACACACGCCAGCGCCGUCAAGAAAUGAGCCACGACGCGCACACUUGAUGUCCCACGAUCCCGUGCGAGAGCGACUCCCCGCUUCUUACGUGCUUGGAUGAAUCCCAAACAGCGGGUCCACUGCGAGCACUGAUUGGCCCAGAGCCGGACCACGUUACCCAACGGCCAACCAGCGGCGAGUCAUCAUGGCGGACGUGGACCCCGACACCCUGCUGGAGUGGCUCCAGAUGGGUCAGGGCGACGAGCGCGACAUGCAGCUCAUCGCCCUCGAACAGCUGUGCAUGCUGCUGCUCAUGUCCGACAACGUGGAUCGAUGCUUUGAGACGUGCCCCCCGCGGACCUUCCUCCCGGCGCUGUGCAAGAUCUUCCUGGACGAGAGCGCCCCCGACAACGUCCUGGAGGUGACGGCUCGCGCCAUCACCUACUACCUGGACGUGUCGGCCGAGUGCACGCGGAGGAUCGUGGGCGUGGACGGCGCCAUUAAAGCCCUGUGCAACCGCCUGGUGGUGGUCGAGCUCAACAACAGGACCAGCAGAGACCUGGCCGAGCAGUGUGUCAAGGUUCUGGAGUUGAUCUGCACCAGGGAGUCUGGCGCCGUGUUCGAGGCGGGCGGCCUGAACUGCGUGCUGAGCUUCAUCCGGGACAGCGGGCACUUGGUGCACAAAGACACGCUGCACUCGGCCAUGGCCGUGGUGUCGCGCCUCUGCAGCAAGAUGGAGCCCCAGGACGCCUCGCUGGAGACGUGCGUCGAGUCUCUGUCGAGCCUCCUUAAGCACGAAGACCACCAGGUGUCGGACGGCGCCCUGCGCUGCUUCGCCUCGCUGGCCGACCGCUUCACCCGGCGCGGCGUGGACCCGGCCCCUUUGGCCAAACACGGUCUGACGGAGGAGCUGCUGUCGCGCAUGGCGGCGGCGGGCGGCGCCGCGUCGGGCCCGUCCUCCGCCUGCAAGCCCGGCCGGGCGUCGGCAGGCGCCACCCCCUCCGCCCCCGACUCCAAGCUCAGCAACCAGGUGUCCACCAUCGUCAGCCUGCUGUCGACGUUGUGCAGAGGCUCGCCGCUCGUCACGCACGACCUGCUGCGCUCGGCGUUGCCCAACUCCAUGGAGUGCGCCCUGGGCGGGGACGAGCGCUGCGUCCUGGACACCAUGCGUCUGGUGGACCUGCUGCUGGUGCUCCUGUUCGAGGGCCGCAAGGCGCUGCCCAAGUCCACGGCGGGCUCUUCCAGCCGCAUCCCCUGCCUGCGGCGCCUGGACAGCUCGGGAGAACGCUCCCACCGACAGCUCAUCGACUGUAUACGCAGCAAAGACACGGACGCGCUCAUCGACGCCAUUGACACGGGAGCCUUCGAGGUGAACUUCAUGGACGACGUGGGUCAGACCCUCCUCAACUGGGCGUCGGCCUUCGGCACGCAGGAAAUGGUGGAGUUCUUGUGUGAGCGCGGCGCCGAUGUCAACCGAGGACAGAGGUCCUCUUCGCUCCACUAUGCCGCCUGUUUCGGGCGGCCGCAAGUCGCUAAGACUCUGCUGCGUCACGGCGCCAAUCCUGACCUGAGGGACGAGGACGGGAAGACCCCCCUGGACAAGGCCAGGGAGCGGGGACACAGCGAGGUGGUGGCCAUACUGCAGUCUCCUGGUGACUGGAUGUGUCCAGUGAACAAGAGCGACGACAAAAAGAAGAAGGACCUCAACAAGGAGGAGGACGAAGGAGGCGAGCCCAAAGGAGACCCCGAAAUGGCGCCCAUCUACCUGAAGAGACUUCUGCCUGUUUUUGCACAAACAUUUCAGCAAACCAUGCUGCCUUCCAUAAGGAAAGCCAGUCUUGCCCUGAUCCGUAAGAUGGUCCACUACAGCAGCGAGUUGCUCCUGAAGGAGGUCUGCGACAGUGAGGUGGGCCACAACCUGCCCACAGUUCUGGUGGAGAUCAGCGCCACCGUACUGGACCAAGAGGAUGACGACGACGGACACCUGCUGGCCCUGCAGAUCAUCCGAGACCUGGUGGACAAAGGGGGAGAUGUAUUCCUGGACCAGCUGGCCCGCCUAGGCGUCAUCAACAAGGUGUCCACGUUGGCCGGACCCGCGUCAGAUGACGAGAACGAAGACGAGGUCAAACCCGAGAAGGAGGAGGAGCCCCAGGAUGACGCCCGGGAGAUCCUGCAGGGGAAACCGUACCAUUGGCGGGACUGGUCAAUCAUCAGGGGCCGGGACUGCCUGUACAUCUGGUCGGACGCCGCCGCCCUGGAGCUGUCCAACGGCUCCAACGGGUGGUUCCGGUUCAUUCUGGAUGGGAAGCUGGCCACCAUGUACUCCAGCGGCAGCCCCGAGGGCGGCUCCGACAGCUCCGAGUCCCGCAGCGAGUUCCUGGAGAAGCUUCAGCGCGCCAGGAGUCAAGUGAAGCCCAUCACGUCCAGCCAGCCCGUCCUGUCCAGUUUGGGUCCCACCAAGCUGACGGUGGGCAACUGGUCCCUGACAUGCCUGAAGGACGGCGAGAUCGCCAUCCACAACUCGGACGGCCAGCAGGCCACCAUCUUGAAGGAGGACUUGCCGGGCUUCGUUUUCGAGUCCAACCGGGGAACCAAACACUCGUUCACCGCCGAGACGUCUCUGGGCUCGGAGUUCGUGACGGGCUGGACGGGCAAGCGGGGCCGCAAGCUGAAGUCCAAGCUGGAGAAGACCAAGCAAAAGGUGAAGAGCAUGGCCCGGGAGCUCUACGACGACCACUUCAAGGCGGUGGAGAGCAUGCCCAGGGGCGUGGUGGUCACCCUUAGGAACAUCUCCACGCAGCUCGAGUCCUCCUGGGAGCUGCACACCAACAGACAGUGCGUUGAAGGCGAGAACACGUGGCGGGACCUGAUGAAGACGGCCCUGGAGAACCUGAUUGUGGUGCUCAAAGACGAGAACACCAUUUCCCCCUACGAGAUGUGCAGCAGCGGCCUGGUUCAGGCCCUCUUCACCGUGCUCAACAAUAGUGUGGACAUGGACCUGAAAGCCGAUUGUAAGCCUUUAAUGGAGAGGAUCAAUGUGUUCAAGGCGGCUUUCAGCGAGAAUGAAGACGACGAAAGCCGACCAGCCGUCGCCUUAAUCCGCAAACUGAUUGCUGUCCUGGAGUCCAUCGAGCGUCUCCCUCUGCACCUUUACGACACUCCCGGUUCCUCUUACAACCUGCAGAUCCUGACCAGGAGGCUCCGCUUCCGCCUAGAGCGAGCGCCGGGCGAGACGGCGCUGAUCGACCGGACGGGCCGCAUGUUGAAGAUGGAACCUCUGGCCACCGUCGAGUCUUUGGAGCAAUACUUGCUCAAGAUGGUGGCCAAGCAGUGGUACGACUUUGAGCGCUCCUCCUUCGUCUUCGUCAGGAAGCUGAGGGAAGGACAGACCUUCACCUUCAGACACCAACACGACUUCGACGAGAACGGCAUUAUCUACUGGGUCGGAACCAACGCCAAGACAGCCUAUGAGUGGGUGAACCCCGCCGCCUACGGUCUGGUGGUGGUGACCUCGUCGGAGGGGCGAAACCUGCCUUACGGGCGCCUGGAGGACAUCCUCAGUCGGGACAGCUCCGCCCUCAAUUGUCACACCAACGACGACAAGAAUGCCUGGUUCGCUGUUGACCUCGGCCUCUGGGUCAUCCCCUCGGCUUACACUUUGAGACACGCCAGGGGUUAUGGGCGUUCGGCGUUGAGGAACUGGGUGUUCCAGGUGUCCAAGGACGGCCAGAACUGGAGCACGGUCUACACGCAUGUGGACGACUGCAGCCUCAAUGAACCAGGGUCAACGGCCACGUGGCCUCUGGACCCGUCCAAAGAAGAGAAGCAGGGCUGGAGACACAUCCGCAUCAAGCAGAUGGGCAAAAACGCCAGCGCCCAGACACACUACCUCUCCUUGUCGGGGUUGGAGCUCUAUGGCACAGUCACCGCCGUGUGCGAGGACCAACUAGGCAAAGCCGUGAAGGAGGCCGAGGCCAACCUGCGCCGCCAGCGCCGCCUUUUCCGCUCUCAGGUGAUGAAGUACAUCGUGCCGGGGGCGCGGGUGGUGCGCGGCAUCGACUGGAAGUGGCGCGACCAGGACGGGAACCCGGCAGGCGAGGGCACCGUCACCGGAGAGGCCCACAACGGCUGGAUUGAUGUAACCUGGGAUGCCGGCGGCUCAAACUCUUACCGUAUGGGUGCCGAAGGGAAGUUUGACCUCAAGCUUGCUCCAGGGUACGACCCUGAGUCGGCUGCCUCAGCGCAGUCACCCAAACCUGUCUCAUCCGCUGUUUCAGGCCCCGCCUUCGCCGCGCUGGGACCCUCCCCGACCCCGGCGGCCAGCGGCACCGCCAACGCCGCGUCCACGCCGUCCUCGUGGAGCAGUCUGGUGAAAAAUAACUGUCCAGACAAGGGCGGGGCCUCGUCGCUAAGCGGAGCCGGCUCGUCCAGCCGCAAGGGCAGCAACAGCUCCGUGUGCAGCGUGGCCUCCUCCUCGGACAUCAGCCUGGGCUCGUCCCUCGGCCCUCCUACCGGGGCGCGGCCGGACAGGCGAGCCGAGGGGCCGCUUCUGGACCAGGGCUGCGGGGCGGGCGGCGUCGCAGUAGGUGGGGCCGGCUCCGAGAGCCAACAACAGGAACCCGCCGUGGCGCUCUCCUCCGCCACAGAGGGCGGCGCUCCUUCCACGUCGGGCGCCGAGGCCCCCAAUGACUCCUCCGACCCGGCGGCGGCCAUCUCCAUGGGCCUGGUCAGCGUGAGCUCGCCCGACGUCAGCUCCGUCUCUGAGUCCCCGAGUAAGGACGCGCCCUCCCAGAGGCCUUUGUGCUCGGCCGCCAACGCCCGCCUCUCCGUCAGCUCGCUGCUGGCGGCCGGCGCCCCCAUGAGCUCCAGCGCCAGCGUGCCCAACCUGUCGUCGCGCGAGGCCAGCCUCAUGGAGUCGUUCGUGCGCCGCGCGCCCAACAUGUCGCGCACCAACGCCACCAACAACAUGAACCUGAGCCGCAGCAGCAGCGACAACAACACCAACACGCUGGGCCGCAACGUCAUGAGCACGGCCACGUCUCCCCUCAUGGGCGCCCAGAGCUUCCCCAACCUCACCACCACCGGCACCACCUCCACCGUCACCAUGUCCACCUCCAUUGUCACCAGCAGCAACAACGUCGCCACGGCAACCACCGGCCUGUCAGUGGGACAGAUGCUAAGCAACACCUUGACCGCCAGCCUCACGUCCACGUCCAGCGAGAGCGACACGGGACAGGAGGCUGAGUUUUCGCUCUAUGACUUUCUGGACAGCUGCCGCGCUAACACGCUAUUGGCCGAGCUGGAAGACGAGGAGGACCUUCCGGAGCCCGACGACGACGACGACGACGAGAACGAGGACGACAAUCAGGAGGACCAGGAGUACGAGGAGGUCCUGGAGGAGGAGGAGUACGAGACAAAAGGGGGUCGCAGGAGGACGUGGGACGACGACUUUGUCCUCAAGAGGCAGUUUUCCGCUUUGGUUCCCGCCUUUGACCCACGACCCGGAAGAACAAACGUGCAGCAGACCACCGACCUGGAGAUCCCCCCGCCAGGAACUCCUCGCUCGGAGGUUCAGGAGGAGGUGGAGUGCGCUCCUUCCCCCCACCUGGCCCUCACCCUCAAGGUGGCGGGCCUGGGCACGACGCGGGAGGUGGAACUUCCUCUGUCCAACUACAAGUCCACCAUCUUCUUCUACGUCCAACGGCUGCUACAGCUCUCGUGUAACGGUGCCGUCAAGAUGGACAAACUCAGACGGAUCUGGGAGCCCACCUACACGAUCAUGUACAGAGAGCUGAAGGACGCAGACAAGGAGAAGGAAAGCGACAAGAUGGACUUCUGCGAACACGGCGUGGGAGGCGGUUCGAGUCCCGCCGCGUUGCCGACCAAUCAGAGCAGCGACAUCCUGGGCUGCGGCAGGGAGGCGGCGCAGGCCAAGGCGGGCUGCGGUCAGAACGCGUGCGGCGUGGAGGACGUGCUGCAGCUCCUGCGCAUCCUCUACAUCAUCGGGGGAGACGCCGCCUACAAUGCACGCACGCUACAAGAAGAUGCGGACGAGCUGCAGUUCAACGCGUCCCCGGAGGAGUUCACCAGCAAGAAGAUCACCACGAAGAUCCUGCAGCAGAUCGAGGAACCUCUGGCGUUGGCCAGCGGCGCGCUGCCCGACUGGUGCGAGCAGCUUACCUCCAAGUGUCCUUUCCUCAUCCCCUUCGAGACCCGCCAGCUCUUCUUCACCUGCACUGCCUUCGGAGCCUCCAGGGCCAUCGUGUGGCUGCAGAACCGUCGCGAGGCCACCAUGGAGCGGUCGCGGGCGUCCGCCACGGUGCGCAGGGACGACCCCGGAGAUUUCCGGAUGGGUCGCCUCAAGCACGAACGCGUCAAGGUCCCGCGGGGCGACGCCACCAUGGAGUGGGCCGAGUCGGUCAUGCGCGUUCACGCUGACAGGAAGUCCGUGCUGGAGGUGGAGUUCCAGGGAGAGGAGGGAACCGGUCUGGGGCCCACGUUGGAGUUUUACGCGCUGGUGGCGGCGGAGUUCCAGAGGACGUCGCUGGGAAUGUGGCUGUGCGACGACGACUUCCCCGACGACGAGUCCAGACAGGUGGACCUGGGCGGCGGCCUGAAGCCCCCCGGUUUCUACGUGCAGCGUUCGUGCGGCCUGUUCCCGGCACCGUUCCCGCAGGACAGCGAGGAGCUGGAGCGCAUUGGCGAGCUCUUCCGCUUCCUGGGCGUCUUCCUGGCCAAGUGCAUCCAGGACAACCGCCUGGUGGACCUACCCGUGUCGCAGCCCUUCUUCAAGCUGCUCUGCAUGGGCGACAUCAAGUCCAACAUGAGCAAGCUGCUCUACUCGCCGCAAGGCGACCCCGAGCGCCCGCCGCCGUCCGACGUGCGCUCCGAGGCGUCCACCGAGGAGAGCCGGGAGACCUUCUCCGUGGGGAGCUUGGACGACGACUCCAAGUCCGAGUUCAUCAUGGACCCGCCCAAGCCCAAACCGCCAGCCUGGUACCACGGCAUCCUCACCUGGGACGACUUCCAGCUGGUCAACCCGCACAGGGCCAGCUUUCUGAAGGAGGUUAAGGAGCUGGCGGUGAAAAGGAGGCAGAUCCUGAGCAGUAAAGUUCUGUCCGAGGACGAGAAGAACACGCGACUGCAGGACCUGAUGCUCAGGAACCCCCUGGGCUCCGGACCCCCGCUCAGCAUCGAAGACCUCGGCUUGAACUUCCAGUUCUGUCCCUCUUCCAAAGUCCACGGCUUCUCCGCCGUCGACCUCAAACCCAACGGAGACGACGAGAUGGUGACCAUGGAAAACGCCGAGGACUACGUGGAGCUAAUGUUCGACUUCUGCAUGCACACGGGCAUCCAGGAGCAGAUGGAGGCCUUCAGAGAGGGUUUCAACGGCGUGUUCCCGAUGGAGAAGUUGAGCUCGUUCAGCCACAAAGAAGUUCAGAUGAUCCUCUGCGGGAACCAAUCACCUUCGUGGACAUCUGACGACAUCAUCAACUACACUGAGCCAAAGCUGGGCUACACAAGAGACAGCGCGGGCUUCCUCCGCUUCGUGCGCGUCCUCUGCGGCAUGUCGUCGGACGAAAGGAAAGCCUUCCUGCAGUUCACCACCGGCUGCUCCACGCUGCCCCCCGGAGGCCUGGCCAACCUGCACCCCCGCCUCACCAUCGUAAGGAAGGUGGACGCGACGGACUCGAGCUACCCGUCGGUGAACACGUGCGUGCACUACCUGAAGCUUCCCGAGUAUUCGUCCGAGGACAUCAUGAGGGAACGUCUGCUGGCCGCCACCAUGGAGAAAGGCUUCCACCUCAACUGACCCGCCCCGUGCCCGCCGUCAUCCUCACCCACCUGGUGUGUGUGUGUGUGUGUGCGUGCGUGCGUUCAGUGUGUUGUCCUGCGACCAUAUUGGGUUUUUUUUCUUUUGUUUUUAUUGUUUUAUUGCUUUGCGCGCGUCUGUGUGUGUGUGUGUGUGCGUGUGCGUGCGUGCGUCGUGGUUCUUUCCAGAGACACAAACACUGGGGGAAAAAGAAAAAAAAAUCCUGUAUUUUCUUUGUAUAUUAUAAACAUUUAUUUAACUCAAGUUGCAGUUUGAGCUAAACAAAUAUUUUCAAAAAUGUGUUUGCUCCGAAAAAAGAAAAAAAAUCAUUAAAAUGUUUGCAAAGUA